AUGUCCUCCAACCAAUCCCAAGACCAAGGCGCUCAAUACACCUACGUUCCGCGUCAACACCAGGGCCAAGCGCCGACACAAUUUACAUACCAACAAGCCGGAGGCUCCGCCAUGCUUAACUACUGGUUCUCCGAGUCGGAAGCAUCGGCGCCGUACCACAACAUCGCCGCUUACCGGCCGUCCCCAACUUCCGGUAGUGGGGCGGACGCACGGGGCACGGCCCCAAGCAGCACCGGCGCGACAAGGGGCAGCGGACAGGGCCGGAGGAAGUAA